AUGGAUGUAACUGGCGAAAAUCAGGACAACAUACAAGAUGACGUAUUCAAAUUACGGUUGGACAAGAACGGGCACAAUAUUUCCACUGAAGUGCAAAAAAUUGAAGUUAACCAGAAUAAGACUGUUGAUACUACCAAGACUACAGCUCUAAAGUGCGGUAGCUGUUAUGGAGCUCUCCCUGAAGGAAGCUGUUGCAACACAUGUGAAGAACUGAAGGAAGCCUAUCAGUUAAGAGGUUGGCAAGUGAACGUUGAUGAGGUUGAGCAAUGCAAGAGCGAUCCAUGGCGAAAGAUGUUGGAGCAGUAUAAAGACGAAGGCUGUCGAGUUUAUGGGAAACUUCGAGUUGCAAAAGUUGCAGGGAAUUUCCACUUCGCGCCAGGAGAUCCUCAUCGUAUAAUGCGCGCGCACGUGCACGAUUUUCAUGACCUCGACUUGACCAAUUUUGACACCGCCCAUCGGAUAAACCAUUUGUCGUUCGGAAACGACUUCCCUGGAAAGAAACAUCCUUUAGAUGGAAAGGAUACUACUGGUGAUAGAGGUGCUAUUAUGCAUAACUAUUACGUGAAAGUUGUACCAACAAGUUACGUGCACAUGGAUGGUCGUGUGGAGAACAGCCAUCAGUUUUCAGUGACUACUCAUCAGAAGGACAUAUCAAAAGGCGUGAGUGGAAUUCCUGGAUUUGUCGUGCAAUACGAAUUCAGUCCUCUGAUGGUGCGGUACGAAGAAAGGCGACAGCAUUUGAUCACGUUCUUGGUGUCAUUGUGUGCCAUUAUUGGAGGAGUGUUCACGGUAGCCCAGUUGAUCGACUCCAUGAUUUAUCAUUCAUCACGGGCUAUUGAAAGGAAGCUUACAUUGAAUAAGCUCGGAUGA